AUGGCCCCCAGGUGCUGUGCGAGGCCACCGCCUCACCCACCUGGUCAGGCCUGGCUCUCCCCAGGAAGGAUGCUAGCCAUGGGAGUCCUGGCCAGCUUCUGGAUUCUCAGCCUCCUCACCUACGGUUACCUGUCCUGGGGCCAAGCCUUGGAGGGCGAGGAGGAAGCGGCCUUUGGACCUCAAGCUGGAGAGAGACCAGAGCCAAGCGCAGCUGCCACCUCCCAGCCCCAUCUCAUUUUCAUCCUCGCAGAUGAUCAGGGGUUUAGAGAUGUGGGAUACCAUGGAUCAGAGAUCAGGACACCCACUCUUGACAAACUGGCUGCCGAAGGAGUUAAACUGGAGAAUUACUACGUCCAGCCUAUUUGCACCCCAUCCAGGAGUCAAUUUAUUACUGGAAAGUAUCAGAUCCACACCGGCCUUCAGCAUUCUAUCAUCAGACCUACCCAGCCCAACUGUUUACCUCUGGACAAUGCAACCCUACCUCAGAAGCUGAAGGAGGUGGGAUACUCAACACACAUGGUUGGCAAGUGGCAUCUGGGUUUUUACAGGAAAGAAUGUAUGCCCACCAAGAGAGGAUUUGACACCUUUUUUGGCUCCCUCCUGGGGAGCGGUGAUUACUACACGCACUAUAAAUGUGACAGUCCAGGCAUGUGUGGCUAUGACUUGUACGAGAACGACAGCGCCGCCUGGGACUCCGACAAUGGUGUUUACUCCACGCAGAUGUACACCCAGAGAGUGCAGCAGAUCUUAGAGGCCCACGACCCCAGGAAGCCCAUAUUUUUAUAUAUUGCCUACCAAGCAGUCCACUCACCGCUGCAAGCCCCUGGCAAGUAUUUUGAGCACUACCGGUCCAUUAUCAACAUAAACAGGCGGAGGUAUGCUGCCAUGCUCUCCUGCUUAGAUGAAGCAAUCAACAACGUGACCCUGGCUCUACAGAGGUUUGGUUUCUACGACAACAGCAUUAUCAUCUACUCCUCGGACAAUGGCGGCCAGCCCACAGCGGGAGGAAGUAACUGGCCUCUCAGAGGCAGCAAGGGAACAUACUGGGAGGGGGGCGUUCGGGCUGUUGGCUUUGUGCACAGCCCACUUCUGAAAAACAAGGGCACGGUGUGUAAAGAGCUUGUGCACAUCACAGACUGGUACCCCACUCUGAUCUCACUGGCUGAAGGGCAGAUUGAUGAAGACAUCCAGCUGGAUGGCUACGACGUCUGGGAGACCAUAAGUGAAGGCCUUCGCUCUCCCCGCGUGGAUAUCUUGCACAACAUUGACCCCAUCUAUACCAAGGCUAAAAAUGGCUCCUUGGCAGCAGGCUAUGGGAUAUGGAACACUGCCAUCCAGUCAGCCAUCAGGGUGCAGCACUGGAAGCUGCUCACUGGAAACCCUGGCUAUAGUGACUGGGUUCCCCCUCAGUCCUUCAGCAACCUAGGGCCGAACAGGUGGCACAAUGAGCGGGUUACCUUGUCCACUGGCAAGACUGUGUGGCUGUUCAACAUCACAGCAGACCCGUAUGAGAGAGUGGACCUGUCCAGCAGGUACCCCGGCAUCGUGAAGCAGCUUCUCAGGAGGCUCUCCCAGUUCAACAAAACCGCAGUUCCAGUCAGGUACCCGCCCAAAGACCCCAGAAGUAACCCUCGGCUCAACGGAGGAGUCUGGGGACCCUGGUAUAAAGAAGAAAGCCAGAAAAAGAGGCCACACAAAAACAAGGCUGAGAAAAAGAAGAAAAGUAAGACGAAGAAGAAACAGCAGAAAGCAGGGAAACCAGCAAAUUUGGCUCAGUAAUGUAAGCCUCAGACUCUCUUUCCUGUUGGGCCAGCAAAGGACCCUGCC